AUGAGCAAGGAAACGAUCACCACGAAAGUUGAGGCCUCGCGUGUUAACGCGAUGGCUGCCGUGAGGGAUUACAAGGUGUGCCCCAGGUUGGAGUACAAGACCAUUUCGGGCGUGCAAGGACCCCUAGUCAUCAUCGAGGAUGUGAAGUUCCCCAAAUACUCCGAAAUUGUGACAAUUCACCUGAGCGAUAAUUCUACAAGGCAAGGACAGAUAUUGGAGGUGUGCGGGAAGAAGGCAGUAAUUCAAGUGUUCGAGGGUACUAGUGGAAUAGAUAAUAAGAACAGCUACGUGGAAGUCAGUGGUGACAUUUUAAAAAUGCCCAUGAGUGAUGAAAUGCUUGGAAGAGUAUUUAAUGGAAGUGGAAAGCCAAUUGACAAAGGUCCUACCAUUUUGGCUGAUGAUUAUUUAGACAUUAAUGGAAACCCAAUAAACCCACAGUGUAGAGUAUACCCCAAGGAGAUGAUUCAGACAGGAAUAUCCACAAUUGAUGUUAUGAAUAGCAUUGUGAGAGGUCAGAAGAUUCCUUUAUUUAGUGCCGCGGGUUUACCACAUAACGAAAUAGGUGCACAAAUAUGUAGGCAGGCAUCUCUGGUACAAGGGAAAGAUGUGCUGGAUCACUCAGAUGAUAAUUUCGCAGUUGUGUUUGGUGCCAUGGGGGUGAAUAUGGAAACAGCUAGAUACUUUAGACAAGAUUUUGAGGAGAAUGGAAAAAUGGAAAGAGUGUGUUUAUUUUUAAAUUUAGCUAAUGACCCAACGAUCGAAAGGAUCCUCACACCUAGAAUAGCAUUAACUACAGCAGAAUACCUUGCUUUUGAAAAAGAAAUGCAUGUAUUUGUAAUAUUAACAGAUAUGUCUUCCUAUGCUGAUGCGUUGAGAGAGGUGUCGUCUGCUAGGGAGGAAGUACCAGGAAGGAGAGGGUAUCCAGGUUAUAUGUAUAGUGACCUGUCCACCAUAUAUGAAAGAGCUGGAAGGGUUGAAGGCAGAAAUGGAAGUAUAACUCAAUUUCCAAUUUUGACUAUGCCUAAUGAUGAUAUUACUCACCCCAUCCCAGAUUUGACUGGUUACAUUACAGAGGGGCAGAUUUUCGUGGACCGAAAUUUAUAUAAUAGGCAAAUUUAUCCUCCUAUUAAUGUGUUGCCUUCUUUAUCUCGACUUAUGAAAAGUGGUAUUGGAAAAAAUAUGACUCGAGCUGACCAUCCAUACGUUUCUGAUCAGCUGUAUAGUAACUACGCCAUUGCACAGGACGUGAAGGCCAUGAAGGCAGUCAUUGGGGAGGAGGCUCUUUCCAAUGAUGAUAUUUUGUACUUGGAAUUUUUGGACAAAUUUGAAAAGAGGUUUAUUACGCAAAACACUUAUGAGUGUAGGGACAUUUACCAAUCGCUCGAUAUUGCGUGGGAGCUGCUGCGAAUUUUCCCCGAGGACGUUCUAAAGAAGAUCAAGUCGGACAUUCUAUCCAAGUACUACCCGCGCCACCACGCCGGCUAA